GUCACUCAAUCCAGCUUUCGCGCAGUGGAAGUGUUCGGGGGAUAGCUAUGGCUUCCUGGAGACUGUGCCAACUCUUUUAUCGGGCUCUACCCCGCAAUGCAGCCGCUCCUAGGACCGUGUAUCUCAACAGAUCCGUCUUUAGAGCAAUGAGUGUUGGGGGUAUCCCCACAGAUGAGGAGCAGGCAACUGGUCUUGAAAGAAAAACUCUUCAAGCUAUGAAGAAAGGGCUUGAUCCUUACAGUAUUUUGAAACCAAAGUCCUAUUUGGGAACUAAGGAAGAUCCACAUAUUGUCCCAUCAAUCAACAAAAAGCGAAUUGUGGGUUGCAUAUGUGAAGAAGACAACUCUGCUAUUAUCUGGUUCUGGGUGCAUGAAGGACCUGCACAACGUUGCCCAUCUUGUGGUGCUCAUUAUAAACUUGAGCAUCAUGAGCUCCCUCAUUAGAAGAACUGCAAAUUUCUAAAAUGAACCAAAGAAAUCAAUUGUCAGAAGCUUGUUUAGACAAAAAAAACAAAAUUAUACUUUCUCCCUUUGUCUUCGAUUGAAGUCCUCCAGCACUUAACUCAAGUGUUUAUUGUAAAAAAAAAAUGAGAAAAAUUAUUUUAUGAAUGUAAAACUGUGACACAAAUAAAACCUUAUUGACUAAAUCCUCUC